AUGAGUGUGUCUGCUUUUGAGAAGAUAAUCCGAGUACGGAGUGUUGAUUUGGCAGUGCUCGAUGAAAGUGCUUAUUAUGAAGCUAUUUAUGUCGGUAGCAGUGUACCAAAUCGAAGAUUCUAUGCAAUAGAAUCGCCGUUUCGAAUGAAUUCGCAAGUUUCACCUGGAAACGGUUCUUUUACAGACAAAAAUAAGUCGAGGCGGAGACGAAAGCGUGGCGUAUGUUCGAAUAUCACUUGUAAUUUAAACGACGUUAGUAUAGUUUUGAAGAAGAUAUUAGAAAAGGCGGUUGUGAUGGACGCAUUUAGUAAAAAUCAUUGCGGACCUGCACAAUGUUCUUCUUUCGAAACAUCAGUAAACUUCAAUAAUUAUCUAACACGACAGUUAGUUCUCACUGCAACUUCAGUUCCUUGUCCGUUAUCUCGUUAUGGGAAGCAGUAUUACUUUGCAAAGCAAAGCAUUAAAGAAAUAUGUUUAAAUCAAGAAGAAAGAACUAUUGAUGAUAUUUCAAACGAACUCGUAAUGUGGGUAAAUGGUGGCCCGGAAGUUAUUAUAGUCAAAUGCAAAGAUGAAAAAUUCAUCUUACCCCCAUUUUCUUCUUUCAUCAUUAACGAUGCAUGUGUAGCAGAGGCACUGAUCAGAUACGGGAAAAAAUUUGAUUUCAUAUUACUGGAUCCACCUUGGGAGAAUAAAUCUGUUAAGAGGAAAACUGUUUACCCAACUUAUGGUGAUCACAGGUGGAUGUUGGAUCUGUGUUUGCCAGAACUUUUAAAGGAAUCAGGACUGUUGGCAAUAUGGGUCACAAACAAUGCGAAACACUUGAAAUUUACAGAUAAUAUGAUCGAAUAUUUUGGUUUCGAAAAAAUAGCAACUUGGAGAUGGCUUAAAGUGACAAACAGUGGUGAACCCGUUUACAAUCUAAAUAGCCAACAUAAGCAACCUUUUGAAAACAUUGUAUUCGCCUCUUGCGUUGCUGCUCGCAGACACUAUAUGAAUAUCGCCAAUGAAUUUGCCCUAAUCAGUACUCCAUCUGCAAUUCAUUCAAGGAAACCACCAUUGUUUCCAGUGCUACAAGCACUUGGAAUUCUUGAAGAAACAGCGGAACAAUUGGAAUUAUAUGGCAGGUAUCUGUUACCACGAACAAUAACUGUUGGAUUUGAAGCGGCUAAACUUCAGAAUGAGCGAUAUUUUGUUUGA